AUGAACUUUACGGUGAGCUACCCCCCAGAUUGGGUGAGUAUAGCAAUCUGACAAGCCUGAAAAUCUCCAACAAUCGAAUCUCAGGCGUGAUACCGUUUGAAGUUGGCAACAUGACCCGAUUACAUAUACUUGACCUCUCUUCAAAUAGUCUUGUUGGGGAAAUUCCAAAAGACCUAGGAAAACUGAAGUCUCUUCUUGAGCUUUCACUCUAUGACAAUCAUCUUGUAGGCAACAUCCCUCAAGAACUAGGAACAUUGUCCGAUCUGUCAAGCAUUAACGUCGCUGGAAAUAACCUGAGUGGCUCAAUUCCUAAACAACUUGGGGAGUGUUCGAAGCUUCAGUUUUUCAAUUUGAGUAGAAACGGUCUUGGCAGAAGCAUUCCCGUCGAGAUUAGUAAUCUUCAAUCUCUUCAAAUUCUUGAUUUGAGUCGAAAUUUGCUUACGGGAGAAAUACCUAGACAACUUGGGCUAUUGCACAAAUUGGAGACGCUCAAUCUCUCGCAUAAUCAGCUCUCCGGUUCCAUUGAAUCGACCUUUGAUGAUAUGGCAAGCUUGACGUCAAUUGACAUAUCGUACAAUGAGUUAGAGGGUGCCUUACCAAACAUUCCAGCCUUUCGUAACGCUACAAUUGAAGUUGUGAGAGGAAACAAAGGCUUAUGUGGAGUUAUUGCUGGUCUCAAUCCAUGUGCAACGACAAGGUCCAAAGGCAAAAACAACAACAAAAAGCUGCUGCUGAUAUUGGUUCCAACUUUAGCUUGCCUACUCUCUUUGCUUCUUGUUGUGGGAGGUUCGAGUAUCGUACGCCGAAGAGUAAGGAAAACAGAGGCUAGUUCGAAAGAUGGAACCAAUGAAAACCCGUGGGCAAUAUUGAGUUUUGAUGGAGGAAUGGUCUACGAGAGCAUUAUUGAAGCUACGGAGGAGUUUGAUCCCAAAUAUUGCAUCGGUGUUGGAGGACAUGGGAGUGUUUACAAGGCCCAGUUGCAAACAGGGGAGAUUCUUGCUGUAAAGAAACUUAAGGAAGCAGUGGACGUCGAAAUUGCUAAUCGAAAAGCAUUUGAAAGGGAGAUUCAUGCAUUGACCGAAACUCGGCACCGGAAUAUCGUCAAGCUCUAUGGCUUUUGCUUGAGUUCUCGACAUUCAUUUUUGGUGUAUGAGUUCUUGGAAUGUGGCAGCUUGAAGGAUGUAUUGAACAAUGAGGAGAGGAUAACAACAUUUGAUUGGAAGAAGAGAUUGAAUGUUGUUAAAGGUGUGGCUUACGCUUUGUGCUACAUGCACCAUGAAUGCUCUCCUCCUAUAAUUCAUCGAGACAUAUCGAGCAAGAACGUUUUACUGGAUGCAGAGUACGAAGCUCAUGUCUCUGAUUUUGGCACAGCUAAGGUUCUACAACCUUAUUCAUCCAAUUGGACUUCCUUUGCAGGCACCUUUGGAUAUGCAGCUCCAGAACUCGCAUACACAAUGGAGGUGAACCACAAAUGCGACGUUUAUAGCUUUGGAGUGGUGACACUAGAAAUAAUCGUGGGAAGACAUCCAGGCGAUCUCAUAUCUUCUCUUGCAUCCUCAUCUUCAUCAUCUUCGUGCCAUUCAACAGCUUCUUGGCCACUGAAAGAAGUGUUAGAUCAAAGAAUUCCAUACCCGGAAGGUGAUGUGCUCGGGGAAGUGGCUUUCGUGACAAAGAUGGCAUUUUCGUGUUUAAGUCCCAAACCAGAGCAUCGUCCGAGCAUGCAACAAGUUUCUCAAGCGAUAUCGGCACAUAACUCAAUCGUGUUAAGCGCAUCGGAGGACAUCAAAUUGGAAGAGCUACUUGAUCCUACAUGCUUCACUUAUUGAGAUGUUUUGGUCUUUCUGUUGCAGCCUGUGCAGCAAGCUGUCUCCUGUAUUUUAUUUAUCUUAGUCAACUUCAUUAUCUAUCUUUGCAAUUUAUUAUUAAUUAAUGCAAAGCACUUAAGAUUCACUGCGAUUUGCAAUUU